GCCUGACCAUUAAUGAAAUGUGAAGUUGGUAAAAACAGCUCGCAAAAAUGCCUCCAACGGUACAAACAGGUCCAAGAGAGGACAGAGAUAGAAAAAGGCCUGGACAAGAGAGAAGGUCGGAGUUGGUAUGCAGAGUAAAAUAUAACAACACACUACCAGACAUACCAUUUGACCCUAAAUUCAUAACAUACCCAUUCGAAACAAACAGAUUUGUAGAAUACAAACCAACAUCUUUGGAGCGAAGCUAUAAAUAUGACUUGUUAACAGAGCACGACCUUGGUGUCACGAUUGAUUUGAUUAAUCCGGAUACAUACAGGAUAGAACCAGGAGUGUACUUGGACCCAGAAGAUGAAAGACUAUUGGAAGAAGACCUUAACACACCAACAGAUUCCAAGAGGUCUCGACAUCACAAUACAAAUGUAUCCUGGUUACGAAAAACUGAAUAUAUCUCCACAGAAUACAACAGAUUCACACAAAAAUCAGAUAACUCAGAAAGAAAAGUUGGAUUUAAGAUAAAACAGAUUAUGAAAGAUGAAGACAUUUAUAAAGAUAGAGCAAGUCAGAUACAGGCCAUUGACAAAACAUUUGAACAGGCUAAAGAAGAGAUAACUAAACACUACAGUAAGCCUGGUGUAACCCCUGUUGAAGUAUUGCCUGUGUUCCCAGACUUUGACCUAUGGAAACACCCAUUUGCCCAGGUCAUUUUUGAUUCAGACCCAGCACCUAAAGGUCGACCUCAACCUGCUCAGAUGGAAGAAAUGUCACAGGCCAUGAUAAGAGGUGCAGUAGAUGAAAACAAUGAGCAGUUUGUAGCCUACUUUUUGCCAACAGAGGAAACUCUGAACAAGAGGAAGAGAGAUGCAGAGGAGGGCAUUGACUACAACGCUGAGGAAGAGUAUGACUACACAUUAGCCAGAGAAUACAAUUGGAAUGUGAAAAACAAACUUUCCAGAGGAUAUGAGGAAACAUAUUUCUUUGUCUUCAGGGAAGAUGGAAUGUAUUACAAUGAGCUGGAAACUAGGGUCCGCUUGAGUAAGAGAAGAAAGGUGGGAGGUGCCCAAAUGGCAAAAUCACGUUUAAUUGUUAAACAUAGAGAACUGAAUGAAAGAGAAAUUGCAGCACAGAAUGCUCGACUGACGAUGUUAGAGCCUCAACAAGAAGAGGAGGAAGAGGAAGAGAUACAGGAGGAACAGCUGGUGGGAUCAGAUGAAGAAUUUCACAGUGGGAGUGAAGCAGGAAGUGUCAAAUCCAGUGGCAGCCGCCGCAGCAGGUCAAGGUCACACAGUGGCAGCCGCAGUCCGUCACGCAGCAGAAGUGGCAGCAGGAGCAGCAGUCGAUCAUCACGCAGUCGCAGCCGGAGUGGAAGCAGAAGUCCCUCACCAGCCCGGAGUGAGAGUGACCGGGGCAGUGAGAGUGACCGUGCAAAGAAGGAGGAGGAGGAAAUCUUUGGAUCUGCUAGCAGUUCUGAUGAAAAUUAAGAUGGUUCAGAGAACUGUAUGUCAAAGGGGAGGGGAUGUAAAAUUUCAGAGGUGGAGUAACUGUUCUAAAAAGUCUGAAAGAAACUUGAAAUUUUUGUUCUUGUCAAGGUUAGAGAUAUUGUUUCCAAAAUAUUUUUGGGGUUCCAUUAAAAUGAAAGUGUUAUGUGAUUAAGUGAACAGUGUCAUAUUCUGGGAAAAAAGAUGUAAAGAAAAUUUGUAUUUUUAGGAUGUUAUUGUCUUGGUAGAUAAAAUAUAUCUUAAAUGAUUUUGCUGUACAUUACAAAUUCAUUAUCAUGUACAUUGUUUCAAGCAUCUCCAUGUUUUGUGCAUCUCAUGGCUGUAAAAUAAAUAAUACAUACAA